GUUUACAAUGAGCACAGGACUCAGCUGGACUAGAAGCAAGACUGAUUCCCAUCUGUGGCAGGGGGAACAAAGCAGUGACGUUUUAUCUGAUCAGCAUGGAUGUCUCACAGGAGAAUGACUACUACUACCAUGAGAACAUCAGCCUCAACUUCAGCUACGAUGACUACCCGGCCCUGUGUGAAAAGGGUGACGUUCGUUCCUUCGCAGCCUUCUUCCUCCCCAUCAUGUAUACUUUGUGUCUGGUGGUGGGACUGGCAGGAAAUGGCUUAGUUGUCGGAGUCUACGCCUACCACAAGCGCCUCAAGACCAUGACGGAUGCCUUCCUGACCCACCUGGCUGUGGCUGACCUGCUCCUGCUCUUCACGCUGCCUUUCUGGGCUGCUGAUGCGACGAGGGGCUGGGAGCUGGGCGAGGCCACCUGUAAGAUUGUGUCUGCCUGCUACACAGUCAACUUCACCUGCUGCAUGCUGCUGUUGGCCUGCAUCAGCCUGGAUCGAUACUUGGCGCUGGCAAGGGCGCAAGGUAAAGACCAAAGUCAGCGCUUGCAGAGGAUAUUCACCAGGAGACACUGCUGGAAGAUGUGUUUAGUUGUGUGGGCGACAGCUUUCAUCCUUGGUCUUCCUGAUUUGAUACUCUCGGAAGUGAAAUGGGCAUCUAACAGGAGCAUCUGUCUAGCUAUCUAUCCUCCAUCAAUGGCUGGAGGGGGAAAAGCUGCUCUGGAGAUAGCAGAGGUGCUGCUGGGAUUCCUGCUUCCAUUCCUGGUUAUGGUGAUGUGUUACUGGAACGUGGGCCGAGCACUAAAGGGCCUCCCUGUGGAGAGCAGAGGCAAGAAGUGGAAAGCCUUACGUGUCCUCCUAAUAGUAGUGGGGGUGUUUGUGGUCACUCAACUGCCUUAUAACGUGCUGAAGGUCUACCGAGCGAUGGACACAGUCUAUGCAUUAGUGACCCACUGUGGGACGAGUAAAGUGUUGGAUCAGGCGGCUCAGGUGACAGAGAGCUUGGCCCUCACUCACUGCUGCCUGAACCCGAUCCUCUACGCCUUCGUGGGGUCGUCUUUCAGACAGAACAUGAUGAAAGUGGCCAAGAAGAUUGGUGAGAAGAGAAGAAAGAGAAGGGAAAAUCCUGUGGGGGAAGAGAUGGAGAUGUCAUUUAACUCCCACAGUGCAUCCCAAGAGACAAACACAUUUUCAAUAUGAGUGAACACUAGAGCGUCAUGGGGGAAGACAUGGGAACCUAAAUUACUUAUAGAAGAAGAGCAAAUACAGCACCAGUACAAGCAUGUGUGGAACCAUUAAGAUUCCAAGACACAAAUUCCACGUUGUUUUAACAAAUAAUUCCCUCCACAAUACAUCACAAAAGUUGUUAGUCAUAUUUUUCUGCUCCCGUUUUGUUAAAAUGUCUUUAUUCUUGUUCACUUUCAAAGUCAAAAGAAGUUUUUUUUUUUUUAUAAAAAGUUGGCAUGACAAACAACUCUUUGAAAUUUGACUUGCAAAGAACCUUUUACAGAGUCAAAAAUGCUCUUUGGAGGAUAUCUCACAAGCUUAAAUGCUUACGCUUUUUUUUUGUUUAUCCAGAGGUUUGAGAUAACAGACAUUCCUUUCAGGAUUUCACAAGAAACAAUCAACACUAGGCUAAUAGCAACACUUACAGUACAGUACACAUGCAGCACAAAGCAUAAAUAAGAUACAUAUUUUGAAACUUCAUACUCAUUACACACUUUGCUCUUUUGGAAAACAUAACUGCAACUUUUUUUGAUAUAAUGGUUGUUUCAAUUAUAAUCAACUUAAGUAAAUACUUGAUACUUACUAAUCCACUUGAUGUUACACAUCUGCACAGCCUAUAAACCAGAUGCACUACACAUGCCUGCACCACUGAUGUGAGGUAAGGCAGUAUGAUGUUGGAGCUCUAAUAUUGCAAAACUCUGUACUUUCUAAUUGCACACUUUCUUUUUUUUUAAGGCAGUUCCCCCUUAUUAAAAGCUAUCACACAUCAGCUUGUUUGCACAGUGGGAUUUAACUCUCUUUCAUGUUGGAAAGCCACAGAUUAGUUUCCUGAAUUCCUCAGAACAUCUGAGACACAUUUACUGCACACAUACUUCACAGUUUAUGUCGGCAGCCAAGUCUGCACAACACACUG